AUGGGAGAGUCAAUGAAGGAACAAAGGCAGGGAGUGAACUUCACACCACCUUUGCCAUAUCCUCAAAGGUUCAACAAGGAGACUAAGGACCAACACUUUCCAAAAUUUCUUGAAGUCUUCAAGAAGUUAGAGAUCAAUAUUCCAUUGGCUGAAGCACUUGAGCAAAUGCCCCUCUAUGCAAAAUUCUUGAAAGAAAUUAUCAACAUGAAGAGGAGUUGGCAAGUUAAUGAAACUAUGCUGCUUACUGAGGAAUGUAGGGCACUAAUCCAGAAGGGACUUCCUCCUAAACUCGAAGACCCUGGAAGUUUCUUUCUACCCUGCGCCAUUGGUAGUAUGACCAUCAACAAGGCGAUGUGUGACUUAGGAGCUAGUGUCAAUCUAAUGUCUUCCUCUCAAGUGAAAAAGCUGUGCAUAAAAGAGGUGAAACCAGUACAAAUGUCCCUAGAGUUGGUGGACAAGUCAGUGAUAUGUCCCAGAGGUGCGAUUGAGAACCUUCUAGCCAAGGUAGACAGAUUCAUCUUCCCUGCAGAUUUUGUGAUCCUAGAUUCAGAUCAGGAUGAAGGUGACUCCAUUAUACUGGGAAGGCCAUUCUUGGCCACUGCUAGAGCCAUUAUAGACGUAGAACAAGGAAAAUUAACCCUCAGAAUGCAUGAUGAAAGUGUCACCCUGAGUGUAUUGCCUGAAAUGCAGUUCAAUAAGGAAAAGAAGGAUGGUACAGAAACUGACAAAUAA